CGUGCUUCAACCUGUUCUACUUUUACAAAAGUGAAAGACUUUCUGAAGCCUCAUCACCUUUUAAAAGUGCGUCUGAACAAACUCAAAGAUCAAGAAACAGCGAGAUUAACGCCAACACAACAAGGACUGUUGAGUAAAGAAGAGACCAGGCCUGGUCAUAUGCAGCUGUCUGUCCAUUACCAAUAACCUUUCUUUAUGAAUGGUGAAAGAUGGAUCACUGUAAUCCUGACCAGCCUGCUCAAUCUCCACAAUUAAAAAACAGAGCAACCCAGAUAAAUAGAUCAGACUCACCAGGACCAAGCUGUGUGUCCAUGAAGAGUGAUAGGUCUAAGGAUUUCCCACCAAUGUUUAAAGAGAAAAGAGAAUCUUCAUCUGGAUACAGUGUACUGCAGCAAGCAGGAGACAAAACACAAGAAAAGAUCAUAAGCACUGAUACAGGUGUACUGCAGCAAGCAGGAGACAAAACACAAGAAAAGAUCAUAAGCACUGAUACAGGGUGUAAGUUUGUAGACACUGGACCUCAUCUUCAGGACAGCUGCAAAGUAAAUCUGAUAAAAAAGUUUCAGUAUGUAAAUGAGGUGAUAACAAACCAGGGAAACCCAACACUUCUCAAUGAGAUCUACACAGAGCUCUACAUCACAGAAGGAGACAGUGGAAAAGUCAAUAAUGAACAUGAGAUGAGGCAGAUCGAGGCAGCAUCCAGGAGAGCAGCAACAGAGGAAACACCAAUCAAAUGCAAUGACAUCUUUAAGCCCUUAUCUGAAGAAGACAAACUCAUGAGGACCGUUUUGACAAAGGGAGUUGCUGGCAUUGGAAAAACAGUCUCUGUGCAGAAAUUCAUUCUAGACUGGGCUGAAGGGAAAACAAAUCAGGACAUUCAUCUCAUAUUUCCACUUCCUUUCAGAGAGCUCAACUUGAUGAAGGAUCAAACACUGAGUCUGAUGGAGCUCCUUCAUUUCUUUUUAAAGGAGAUAAAAGAAACAAACAUUUCCAGCCUGCACAAAGUUCUGUUCAUUUUUGAUGGUUUGGAUGAGUGUCGUUUCCCUCUGGAUUUCCAGAACACAGUGAGAUUGUGUGAUGUAACUGAAUCAGCUUCAGUGCAUGUGCUGCUGAUAAACCUGAUCAAAGGGAAUCUGCUUCCCUCUGCUCUCAUCUGGAUCACCUCCCGACCAGCAGCAGCUGAUCAAAUCCCCUCUCAGUGGUUUAAUCGAGUCACAGAGGUACGAGGGUUCAAUGACCCACAGAAGGAGGAAUAUUUCAGGAAGAGAAUCAGUGAUCAGAGCCUGAGCAACAGAAUCAUCACACACUUGAAGUCAUUAAGAAGCCUCUACAUCAUGUGCCACAUCCCAGUCUUCUGCUGGAUUUUAGCCACUGUUCUAGAGAGAAUGUUGGAGGAAGCAGAGAGUGGAGAGAUCUCCAAAACUCUGACUCAAAUGUACACACACUUCCUCAUCAUUCAGACAAACAUCAUAAAGAAAAAGUACACAAAGAACCAAGAGACAGAUAAGGAAAUUGUUCUGAAACUGGGUAAACUGGCUUUUCAACAGCUGAUGAAAAGUAACCUGAUCUUCUAUGAAGAAGACCUGAUGGAGUGUGGCAUUGAUGUGACAGAAGCAUCAGUUUAUGCAGGUGUGUGUACACAGAUCUUCAGGGAGGAGUUUGGGCUUCACCAGAGUAAAGUGUACUGCUUUGUUCAUCUGAGCAUUCAGGAGCAUCUUGCAGCUCUAUAUGUGCACCUGACAUUCAUGGCUGAAAAGAGAAAUGUUUUUAAAAAGCCAAUAUUGCGGAUGUUGAGGCAGAGAAUUACAGUCUCAGAUGUACACAAGAGUGCUAUAGAUCAGGCUUUACAAAGUGAAAAUGGACAUCUGGAUCUUUUCCUUCGAUUUCUUCUGGGUCUCUCACUGGAGUCUAAUCAGAUCCUCCUACAAAACAUAGUAACACAGACAGCAAGUAGUUCUCACAGCAAACAGGAAACAGUUAAUUACAUCAAGAAGAAGAUCAGAGAGAAUCCCUCAACAGAGAAAUCCAUCAAUCUGUUCCACUGUCUGAAUGAACUGGAGGAUAAUUCUCUAGUUGAGGAAAUCCAACACUAUUUGCAAUCUGGAAAUUUACAACAAAGCAAACUUUCUUCUUCUCAGUGGUCAGCUGUGGUGUUUGUGUUACUGACAACAGUGCAGGAACAGGAUUUGUUUGUACUUAAAAAAUAUACAAAAAAACACUGUACAUCAGAUGAGGUUGUUCUGAAGCUCCUGCCUGUGGUUGCAGCAUCCAGAAAAGCUCAGUUGAAUAAUUGUGGCCUGAAUGAGAAAAGUUGUACAGCUUUGGCCUCAGUGCUCAGCUCUGAAUCCUCCAAUCUGAGAGAACUGGAUCUGUCUAAGAAUAAACUCAGAGACUCAGGAGUGAAGCAUCUCUCUGCUGUACUGGAGAAUCCUCACUGUAAACUGGAGACACUGAGGUUGUGUGAAUGCGGUGUCUCAGAUGAAGGCUGUGCUACUCUGACUUCAGCUCUGAUAUCAAACCCCUCACACCUAAGAAACCUGGAUAUGUCUAGGAAUAUAAUAGGAGAUUCAGGAGUGAUGUGUCUCUGUGCUGUAUUGGGGAAUCCUCACUGUAAACUGGAGACACUGAGGGUGUGUGGUUGUGAUAUCUCAAAUGAAGGCUGUGCUGCUCUGACUUCAGCUCUGAGAUCAAACCCCUCACACCUGAGAGAACUGGAUCUGUCUAGGAAUAAACUCAGAGACUCAGGACUGAAGCGUCUCUCUGCUGGACUGGAGAAUCCUCACUGUAAACUGGAGACACUGAGGUUGUGUGAUUGUGGUGUCUCUGAUGAAGGCUGUGCUGCUCUGACUUCAGCUCUGAGAUCAAACCCCUCACACCUGAGAGAACUGGAUCUGUCUAAGAAUAAACUCAGAGACUCAGAAGUGAAGCGUUUCUCUGCUGUACUGGAGAAUCCUCACUGUAAACUGGAGACACUGAGGUUGUGUGAUUGUGAUAUCUCAGAUGAAGGCUGUGCUGCUCUGACUUCAGCUCUGAGAUCAAACCCGUCACACCUGAGAAACCUGGAUCUGUCUGGGAGUAAACUCAGAGACUCAGGAGUGAUGUGCCUCUCUGCUGUACUGGAGAAUCCUCACUGUAAACUGGAGACACUGAGACUUUGAUAUUCUGGGAACUGCCAGAAGUCCGGAGUUUUGAGAUCUUAAGGAGCGUGGUGGAUUGUGACGUGUUAGAAGACUGGCUAGAUACGUUGGAGCUAAACCAUUUAGAGCCUUGUAUGUAAGUAGUGCUAGUUUAUAAUCAAUUCUAAACUUAACAGCCAGUGCAGGGAUGAUAAUAUUGGGGUUAUGUGAUCAUCUUUUCUUGACCUAGUAAGAACUCUGGCGGCUGCAUUCUGGACUAACUGUAGCUUGUAUAUUGAAGAUGCAGGACAACCACCUAGCAAUGCAUUACAAUAGUCCAGUCUGGAGGUCAUGAAUGCAUGAACUAGCUUUUCUGCAUCACAUACAGAUAAAAUGUUCCUAAGCUUGGCAAUGUUUCUAAGGUGGAAGAAGGCUGUUUUAGUAAUAUUGGAAAUAUGAUUUUCAAAAGACAAGCUGCUGUCUAAUAUUACACCCAGGUCUUUCACUGUUGAGCUAGUAGUAAUAGAACAUCCUUCUAAAUGCAAGUUGAAUUGAGAGAGCUUUUGUGUACUGGUUUUUGGACCAAUAAGUAAUAUUUCUGUCUUAUCACGAUUUAAUAACAGAAAAUUAUCAGUCAUCCAAUCUUUUAUAUCUUUAACACACUCAGUUAAUCUAGACAAUUUAUUUAUUUCAUCUGGUUUUGAUGAGAUGUAUAACUGGGUAUCAUCAGCAUAACAAUGGAAACUAAUCCCAUGUCUUCUAAUGAUGUUACCAUUAGAGCUAGGCAUGGAUCAGCAGCUUUGUUGAAAAGAUUCUUUACAGUUCUCACCACUCUUUCAGCCUCACCAUUAGCUUGGGGAAAACUUGGACUGGUAGUUGUGUGAGUAAAUCACCAUUUUUUAAAAAAAAAAAUCUGGAAAGAGUCUGCUAUAAACUGGGGGCCAUUAUCAUCACUUCUGAUGGGGUGCCAUGUCUGUUGCUUUUGUCAAUGUGAGCUUGGCAGAUACUGAUGUUCAUGCCACUGAAACAAAUCAGCUCCCACUUUGAACCAUGAUUUCUCUGGAAAGUCUGCACAUAUCAAUAUCUCUUUAAGAUUGGUUCGCUCACAUAUAUCACAUUUUCCCACUAACUGCUGAAGCUGUGCACUAAGACCUGGCCACCACACUGAUUGUUUAGCAUGUCCUCUGCAUUUGGCUAUGCCUUGGUAUGCCAUGUGCAGCUUUUACAGAAUGUCUUUUUGUAGUGAUUUAGAAAUUACUAGUCUUUUUCCUUUCAGCAACAGUCCAUUUUCUAUUGUGAGCUCCCCUGAGAAAGGGUAAUACUACUGCAUGAUGGAACUGAUGUGGAAUUUGUCUGGCCACCCUUAAAUGCAAUAUUUUUUCACCUCAUUGAGAACAGCAUCAGCCACAUGCUGCUGCUGGAUUUCCCGGAGUCUGUUCUCCGUAACAGGUAGGUUUUCUAUGACUGUCUUCACAUAUGAAUCAAUAUCCUGCUCAAGCUUUCUGCUGCCAUUCCCCUCUUCUGGAGCUCUAGAGAGUAUAUCAGCUGUGGUGAUAUUUUUGCCUAGCCAAUGGGAAAUGGUGUAAGUGCACUUCAUCAAUCUCAUGCGAAGUUUCUUGAUAUGUGGUGGUAUCUCACCAGGUUCUUUGAUCCCAGAGAGGCACCAGCAGUUUGUGAUCCAUCUCAAAAAAAGAAAAGUAAGACCGAUCAGGAAGUCAGAGAUAUGUUCACAUGUCCAGGUAAUGGCUAGAGCCUCUUUUUCGAUUUGGGCGUAUCUCUGCUCCAUACUUGUAAGUGCUAUAGAUGUAUAUGCUAUGGGCUUUAACUCUUUGUUUUCUUGCUUUUGAAGUAACACUGCUCCCAGUCCAUAUGAUGAUGAAUCAGCAGAGACAAUUGUGUCAGCUUUUGUAUUAUAUAGGGCCAGACCUGGUGGUGUAAUGAGUUGCCUCUUGAUGCUGUCAAAGGCUCUUUUUUGUGGCUCUCCCCAAAACCACAUAUUGUCUUUCCUCAGAAAGUCUCUCGGUGGCUGUGUUUUUUCUGCAAGAUGGGGAGAAAACAUUCCAAGAUGGUUAAUCAUUCCAAGGAAUCUCCUAAGCUCACUAGUGCUUGUUGCCUGGCUCAUGCAUGUGAGCACUCUCACCUUGUUUGGACAUAUGACCCAUCAAUGAUCUGGCCCAGAAACUUUAUGCUUCUCUUGGAGAAUUCACAUUUAUCGUUGAGCAUCAGACCAGCUUUUUGUAGCUUUUCAAGUACUGUGAAGAGGUGGUGAUCAUAUAAUAUUUGUGUUGUCCCAAACACCAAAAUGUUGUUCAUGUGGCAAAGCACAUGAUCCAGCCCUGCUAGGAUUUGUGAUAGUCUUUACUGAAAGUGUUCUGGUGCUGAUGCAAUGACAAAGAACACACAAUUAAAACAGAACCUUCCAAAUGGGGUAGUAAAAGUCCUGAGCAAGGCAGAGCUUUUUGAUAAUGAGAUUUGCCAAAAUCCAGAGUUUCAUCAGGCUUUGAAAAGACUUUUGCUCCCUGUAUGUGUAUCUCCCAUUUCCCAGCACUAUUUAGUUUUGUUAAAUACACACAGGUCCUUACAGUUUUAUUCACUUUUGGAACAACAACCAUACCUGCACACCAGUCAGUUGGUUGUUUAACCUUGGAAAUCACACCUUGCAGCUCCAUGUACUCUAGCUCCCUUUUCACCUUUGACAUUAGAUGCAAAGGAAUGUGCCAUGGCAUAGACAGCAGAAAGGACCGUGCAUCAGACUUUAAAGCAAUUUCAUACUCCCACUCAAGUUGACCUAGGCCUCUGAAUAAUUUGGGGAAAUGCCUUCUAACUGACUCCUCUAAGUUCAGGCUUACUGUGUCGAUCCUGGCUACUACACCUAGUGCUUUAAUUGCUGGCCCACCCAAUAGAGCUGCCUUCAGACCAGACACAAUGUAAAUGUCCUUAAUUGAGCUUGUACGGUUUGUGCUAAGCUUGCUUGUGAACACCUCAAUAACUGGCAGUGGGUAUUGUCCUAGACCGUGCAGUAUUUUUAAAGUUUUCUUCAGUUUACUGAACAGUCCUUUUUUGUUCCACUCCUCAGGCACCACUGUUACAUCUGCUCCAGUGUCAACUUUAAACAAUGCAUCACUGCUACCAAGUUUUAGACUUAUCAGACAAGGACUGUCUGUUGUGUCAGUGUUAACUGCGCCAAGGAAGGCAACAUUUCUUUCUGCUCAGGUGUCCUUUGUGUACACUUCAUUAAUAGCCCCAGACCUGCAUAAUGUCCUUUCUUUUUGCAUUGUUUGCAGCAAUGGUGUAAUGUAACUAAGUACAUUUACUCAAGUACUUUAAAAAUUUGAGGCACUUGUACUUUACUUGAGUAUUUCCAUUUUAUGCAACUUUAUACUUCUACUCCACUAUAUCACAGAGGCAAAUAUUGUACUUUCUACUCCAUUACAUCUGAAUGACAGCUUUAGUUACUAGUUACUUUUCAGCUUACAAUUUUUCAUACACUUCCUGUCCAGUGAAAACUCAUAUCUCCAAAUGUGUUGAUUUUGAAUGUUUGUGAUAAACUGAAAGAUUAAGUUUUAUAGUUUGAGAAAAUUAUGGGUUGAGAAAAUUGUUUUAUUUCUUAAUCUAAAUAAACUAUUUAAGACCCCCUUGGAUUAGCUGAAAAAUGCAUUGUCAAAAAGCUGAAAACAGGGCUGUUUUUAUGAGCUCAACCCCAGCUGAACCCUGAGUUCAGACUGGCCAUUUAUUCAGCUGCUUAACUCUUCUUUUAAUUGUUAAAUCUCUGCUGCUCACAAACAGCAGAAACUCUACUGCCACUUUGCCUUUAAAGUUGGAUUUAAGCAUCUCUUGCUGCUUUUAAACCAGCUUGUCUGAUGAAUGUGGGUGAUUGCUCUGUCCAAGGUAAGUCCUGCAUCCAUCUGAAGUUGCUCUGAUAACUUCUUUUCUCGCAGUCCCACAACUAAUCUAUCUCUGAUCAUUUGGUUAUGCAGCUGACUGCCACAAUGUUCUGCUAUGCAAUAUAGUGCAGUAAUAAAACUGUCUGCUGUCUCUUGUACUUCCUGGUAUCUUAUAUUAAACUUUGCACAUUCAGUUGUUAUGUUCCUGCGAACCACAAAGUGUCCAUCUACCUUAGCCUUAACAGUGUUGUAUUCACUGGCUUCAGCAUGUGUGAGCUGCAGUGAUGUGAGUAUGUCCUCUGCCUCUUGUAAAUAAAUGUAAUACAAUUAUUUACAAAAUAAAUGUAUUACAAUUUAAAAUGUAAUGUUUUGAUUCUGUAUUUCAUAGUGAUUAAGGACUGCAGUAACACUUCUGCUGAACUGAUGUGUGUGUCCUGAACUGAGAGAGUGAAGAGUGUUUCAUUGUCUCUCUGCAGGUUGUGUGUUUGUGAUAUCUCAGUCGAAGGCUGUGAUGCUUUGACUUCAGCUCUGAGAUCAAACUCCUCACACUUGAGAGAACUGGAUUUGUCCUGGAAUAAACUCAGAGACUCAGGAGUGAAGUGUCUCUCU